AUGGGCAUAGAGGCUAAGAUCAACAAGGCAGCUAGGUCACUGACCGGCUUCAAUAGAGCAACCUUAAUCACUGUGGGAAUAGUGGAGCUCGAUGUCUACUAUCCACCAGUGAUCAGCGAGCAGAAGUUCAUGAUCAUCAAUAAGGUCUCCCCCUACAAUGAUAUAUUGGGUAGCCCAUGGAUUGACAAGAUCAACGUUAUCAGUUUUGCCACACACAAGAAAAUCCACUACCUAAUUCCUGGGGGUAGUGUCAAUCAGAUCAAUAAUAAUCAGGUGAUGGCCAGUAGAUGCUCAGCUUUAGGGCUUAAAAAAAAGCAAGCAAGCACAGUUCAUACCAAUAAGCCGAACAGAACAAGCAGCGGCGGAAGCAUAUCCCAUUCUUAA